CCACAGAAAAAAAAAAAAAAAAAAAAAAGAGUGAGAAGAAGAAAAUGGGGAUGGGGAGAUGGAAAGGCAGCUUGCGUUUCUUCAUCAUCAUCAUCAUGAUCACGCUAAUUGAAUGGAGAGCAGAAGGGCAACUAGCAGAGAAUUUCUAUGCUUCUACUUGUCCUAAUGUGGAACUCAUAGUUCAGCAGGUUGUGGGCACAAAAUUCGCCCAGACUUUUGUCACAGUACCCGCCACUCUUCGUCUCUUCUUCCAUGACUGCUUUGUUGAGGGAUGUGAUGCUUCUGUGAUCAUUGCUUCACCAAACGGAGAUGCAGAAAAAGAUUCAUCAGAUAAUCUCUCUCUGGCUGGGGAUGGCUUUGACACUGUUGUGAAGGCUAAGCAAGCAGUAGAGGCUGUGUGUCCCGGAGUAGUAUCAUGUGCUGACAUCCUGGCUAUUGCUGCCAGAGAUGUUGUAGUCUUGGCUGGGGGCCCUGCAUUCAACGUCGAAUUGGGGCGCCGCGAUGGUCUCGUCUCCAAGGCAUCUCGAGUCAAAGGAAACCUGCCAGAACCAACAUUCAACCUUAAUCAGCUCACCAGCAUGUUUGCAAAACACAACCUUAGCCAACUCGACAUGAUUGCCCUUUCAGGAGCCCAUACCGUCGGGUUUUCCCACUGCGACCGCUUUGCACAGAGGAUCUACUCCAGCCCGGUGGAUCCUAGCCUGGAUCCCAGCUAUGCUCAGCAGCUUAUGCAAGAUUGCCCCCGGAACGUCGACCCCACCAUAGCCAUCAACAUGGACCCCACAACUCCCCGGGCUUUCGACAACGUUUAUUACCAGAACCUGGUUGCUGGGAAGGGGCUGUUCACUUCAGACCAGGUGCUCUUCACUGACACAGACUCUCGCACCACUGUUGAGGAUUUUGCCAAAAACCCUCUUGAUUUCAAUGGAGCUUUUGCUUCUGCAAUGAGAAAGCUUGGCAGGGUUGGUGUCAAAACUGGUAGCCAAGGUGAAAUUAGGCUGGACUGCAGCAAGUUCAAUUCAUAAAACCCAAACCCACAAUUUCACAACCACUGCUUUGCAAUAAACAAUAAUGGAUUUUUAGUUUUGUACAAUCUCUGUCAGUCAAAAUGUUCAUAUAUAGUCAGUCUGGAAAUGAUUGUUUUCUUUGGAAAUUCUGUUAUCAUCAAUAAACUCUGAAAUGAAGUGCAUUA